AUGGCGCGUUCUCCUCUAGCCUCCUUGCUUGUGGCGGCACUGCUUGUAACCGCGUUAUUCGCAUCAUGCGCACAGGCUAGAAUCGGCUCCAACGGACUGCUCGGGAAUCGCCUCCCGAACCGACCAGCUCAAGUAACUAGCACCAUCACUAGCACCGUGUCCGACCUAACAUCCGCGUUACAAGCCCAAGUCGUUUUAUUAGAAGGAGCGCUGACGCAAUCACUGGACAAGCUUGCAACCGCACUGAACGACAACGCAUCCGCGGCGACAUGGGCUCUUCAAGCGCAGAUUUUCGCCCUCCAGAGCAGCAUUGACGCUCUCAACGCACGCAUUACCAACCUCGACCUGAUCUUAUACCUUAGAAUCACGCGACCUGGCGGCGUUACUCCCCAGGCGACACCCGUCACGCUCCAGUCACGCAUCUCGUCGCUUACAGGCAGCCUUCCCGCCAUCAACAAGCGCGCCACAUCGCUCAACACGGACCUGGCGGGAAUUCUCCUUAACAUCCACGCGUUGCUGAGUCAGCGAGUGGCGGCACUCACUCAGAGGGUGGGCACAAUGAAUGUGGACGUGUUGGCGCUCGCUGCGCAGGUGGACGCGCUGAUCUCCCUGCUGAGUGACGCCCUUGGCGUGGCGGACCUCGUGGCUCUGCUGCCGCACCCAGCAGGCAUGCUGUGCGGCGUGCUCACCUCGUGUGAGGGCCUUCUCCCGGUGGGAGCAGCCAACAUCCAGAUCACCAACAUGGGCUCGGCGCACGCAGUGGCGUACGAGCUGGUGGCGACGGGCAUGGCGGAGGUACCGCAGGCGGCGGCCAUCUACAGCGGCAACAGCACGUGCGGGUAG